UAAUAGUAUUUUCUCUAUUUUUCCUUAUUAAAAUUACGAUUUGUCAAAUGAAAUUUUUAUUUCUAAACUAAAACAUGAAACAAAACCCGUUGCAACGUACAAGCUCAUAUCUAGUAAAAAAUAAAAUUAAAUAAUAAUAAUAAUAUUUUCGAAUUUAGAUAUGAGUUAUUAAAAUUUUUAGUUUCUUACUUUAAUCAGAAUAAGUUUAUUUUACACAUAUAAUAAAAAAAAGUAUAGUUUGAAAAGAAAAAGGGUGUAUUUUCCAAAUUUUAAAAAGUAAUUUUAGAUAAAAAAAAAUAAAUAUAUAAUAUAAGAAACAGAAAUAUUACAUUAAAUAGAAAAUAUAUGGUGCUUAUAAUUGGAAAACUAGUAUAAAUUAUUAGUUGACAAAAAAAAAAGUAUAAAUUAUUAUACAAAGGUUAAUUGGAAAUCAGACAGAAGGAAAAAAGAAGAUAAAGGUUGCAUAGAGCGAGGCGCAAGAGAGAGAGAUACCUGUCUGCCUCUCUUCUCCGCCUGUAAGCGCCGCUUCGACAACAUCAUCCCAGAAUAAAAGAUGGACUCGGAUGCUGGUGCAGUGUAUAAAAGAAGAAGCGGGUCUGGACCAUCUGUUAGGAUCAAUCAGACAAUGCUGAGAAGACAUGGCUGGUCAUCGACAAGUGUGGUGGAAUCGCUACCAGACGAAAUUAUGGAGCUCAUCCUGUCGAGACUUGCUGUGAAGUGUCUGCUGAGGUUUAAAUGUGUAUCAAAGAAGUGGAAAUCCACAAUCGAGUCCCUCCGUUUUAAAGAGGCACAGUUGAGGCAAUCGCAGCAAUCGGGAGAUCCAGAUAUUCUUUAUGUGACCGAGCAUAAUGAUGAUGAUGAUGAUGAUGAAGUGAGAAUCAUCCCUGUCUUGGGGUCGUCGUCAAUGAUUCGUACGGUCAAGUUCCCAUCUAUUCCCAACACCAAUGUUUGCUAUGGUAGCUGUGAUGGUCUUAUAUGCCUCUUUUCUCACCACUCACCAAACAUGGUGGCGAAUCCGGCGACCGGAUGGCACCAAUGUUUUCCUCUUUCUAGAGUCCAACAGCUCCUCUCCAACAUGUGUAUAACCGAAUCAGCCUGCGAUACCCCAAACCCUCAACUUGGAUUCGGCAAAGACAAAUUCACAGGCACCUACAAGCCCGUCUGGUUAUGUAAUUCAGCUGAAUUUGGCCGCCGCCUAGACAACACUACUACUACUACUACUUGUGAGGUUUUCGACUUUAACACUAAUGCUUGGAGAUACCUUGUCCCUGCUUCUCCGUAUCGGAUUUUGGAUGACCAUAAGCCUGUGUAUUUUGAUGGCUCACUUUAUUGGUUAACCGAGUGUGCCAAGGUCUUGUCUUUUGAUCUUCACACUGAAACUUUUCAAGUCAUCUGUCAAGCUCCCUUUUCCCAUAUACCUGAACCUCAGCAAGUCGAUAUGUGCAUCCUCGACAACAGCUUGUGCCUAUCCCAAAGAAACUGGCCCACCCAAGUGAUAUGGUCCUUGUUGUUACACACCAACAAUACCUCGUGGAAGGAAAUCUGUACAAUAGAUCUCACCAAAACCUUUUCUUUGCCUGAGGAGCUUCCUUGUUUUCCAUUACCAGUUGCAUUGCCAGUAGCGCUUCUGGAGAAGAAGACCAAGUUACUCUUUGGUCCUGCACUUAUGCAACCAAUGGUGAUACAUGAUCUCCAUACCAAAUCUUAUCAUAAAGUUUUAUCACCCGUGGGCCUCUUUGGGUAUCCCGUUUGUCAUUUCGAUUCUUUAUUCUCCCUUUCACCCAACUAAUCUAUUUCUACUUCAUUUGAACCCAUUGUAAUUUUAACUUUAUAAGGAUGGUUUUCUUUGUCUUAUUGCUGCUGUAUACAAAGCUUUUUUUUUUUUUU